UUUUGUCUUUUAAAGGAAAUUCGACAUAAAUCCAGCGACUACCCUCACAGAGUUGCAAAAUAUCUAGAAAACAGAAGUCGAAACAGAUACAGAGAUGUUAGUCCGUAUGAUCAUAGUCGGGUAAAAUUGCAGAACACUGAGAAUGACUAUAUCAACGCCAGCCUAGUGGUCAUAGAAGAAGCCCAGAGAUACUAUAUUUUAACCCAGGGUCCACUACCUAAUACAUGUUGUCAUUUUUGGCUAAUGGUGUGGCAACAACAAACCAAAGCAGUUGUCAUGCUGAACAGAAUUGUUGAAAAAGGAUCGGUGAAGUGUGCACAAUACUGGCCAACAAAAGAAGAGGAAGUUAUGACGUUCAGCGAAACGGGUUUCCGUGUGAGGCUAGUAUCUGAAGACAUCAAAUCCUACUACACAGUACAUCUACUGCAAUUAGAAAAUAUCAAUAGUGGCGAGUCCAGGGUGAUCUUUCAUUUUCAUUAUACUACAUGGCCAGACUUUGGAGUUCCUGAAUCCCCAGCUUCAUUCCUGAACUUCCUGUUUAAAGUCAGAGAGUCUGGUUCACUAAGCCCUGAACACGGACCUGCGGUAGUUCACUGCAGUGCGGGGAUAGGACGUUCCGGCACGUUUUCAUUAGUAGACACUUGUCUUGUCCUGAUGGAGAAAAAAGACCCAUUUUCUGUAGAUAUUAAGAAGGUAUUACUGGAUAUGAGAAAAUAUCGAAUGGGACUUAUUCAGACUCCUGAUCAACUAAGAUUUUCAUAUAUGGCUGUAAUAGAAGGAGCAAAAUUUAUAAUGGGGGAUUCAACUAUACAGGAACGGUGGAAGGAGCUCUCUAAGGAGGACCAAGCGCCAAGUUCUGAGCAGUCUCCUCCACACCCAGCCAAAAUAACCACAGAGAAGUACAACGGGAACAGCAUAGGCCUGGAGAACAAAGAUCAGACAGAGAAAAUAAAUACUGACCUGUCCACCAAAGUUCAGGAUAUCACAGAUGGAAACAUUGAAAGUACCGUCCGAAAACGACUGCGAGAGGACAGAAAAGCUAACACAGCACAGAAGCUGCAGCAGAUGAAGCAGAGGCUAAAUGAGACUGAAAGAAAAAGAAAAAGGUGGUUAUAUUGGAAACCUAUUCUCACUAAGAUCGGGUUUGGUGCACUGCUUUUAGUUGGCGCUUAUUCUUGCUGGAAAAUGUAUUUUCAAGAACAUUCCUUGUAA